GCUCAACCACCCACCGCCCACCGCCCGCCGGAAAAGUCUCGCGAGUGUCCUAAAAAUCGAGUUUACCCACAAUAAAACCCAGAGUUAACCCAUAAAAUCCUAACAAAAUGAGCAAGCUACUGACCUCCGCGGACAUCCAAGAUGGUAAGGUUGAGUUCGACAAGGCCACGGGAGCCAGCACCACGUACAAGCUGAUCGAGGGUGGCUACGAGGUGAUCACCACCACCCCCCAGCCCAAUGGAACCGUCAAGACCCAGGUGCGAACCUUCUGGGACCCGAAGCCCGUCAGCGAGGAGGACCUGAAGAAGGAGCAGCAGAACAAGAAGCUGGUCCAGAAGCGUCUGGGCAAGGAGAUCCGCAUCGAUGAGCGUACAACCAUGCUGACCCGCGCCAUCGAGGGUGGCUACGAGGAGGUGUACACCACCAUCAACGAGGACGGAACCCGCAGCAUGCGUACCAAGACCUUCUACGACUCGGUUCCCACGGAGGUGGAUGAGAACACGGCCGCCAAGCUGAACAAGAACAAGAAGAACGUGACCAGGAAGUCGUCGGUGGAGUCCACCGAUUCCACGGAAUCCUCCCGCCGCAUCGUGCAGAAGCAGCAGAAGAACGUUUUGGAUCAGCAAUCCAACUCCACCACCACCACAUCGGAGCGAAGGGUGUCGGUGACCCAGAACAUCGAGAUCACCGAGAACAAUCGCACCGUGCGCAAGAACUCGCUGCAGGAGCAGAACCUCAAGGCCAUCACCUCCACCUCGAACAACUCGCCCAGCGAGAAGAAGCAGAAGAAGAAGAAAUCUUCGGCCCCUCCACCACCCGCUGACUUCUUCCAGAACGACACCACCUCUGUGUCCUCGAAGCGAGUUCCCGGCGGAGUGGAGUACACCUACUCUACGGAGCUGGAGUCUGGCAAGACCAUCACCACCUCGAAGACUGUCUACGAGGAGGAGGAAGUGGAGCUCACCGAGGAGGAGAUCAAGCAGUACAAGAAGACCCUAAAGGAUGCUGAGAAGCUGAAGAACGUGACCACCACCAAGAAGCUCAAGUCCGAGUCGGGCACCAAGAAGAUCGUGCCCUCCGAGAAACCCGGAGAUGUUACCACCGUGGAGACCAUCAAGAUCGAGGGUGGCACCGAGUACCACUACACCACCGUGACAGCCGAGGGCAUUGUGAAGAAGGCCGUGAAAACCGUGUUCGAUCCCGUGCCCAGCAACAAGGCCAAUCCCGAUGACACCGACGAGGAGGAGAUCAUCGAGGAGUACGAGGAGGAGAUCAUUGAGCCCGGCGAGAAGAACGUCAAGACCAUCGAGACGAUCAAGCAGCUGCCCACCAAGUUCGAGGAGGAAGUGACCAUCACCCAUGAGAGGAAGGAGAAGAAGGUAAAGAAGUCCAUGGUCAUAAGCCAGUAGAGAUCGCCGCACACCCACACUAAAGCACACCCAAACACACACUCGACACUCACACAACACAAGGCACACUAAACACACACAAACAAGCUUAAGAGAAGGCCCGGAGACUGAAGAAAGGCCUUGCGAAGAUCCCAAGCUAAUUCUCCUGACCUAUUUCAGCAUCCAGUUCAGUUAGUCGCGGGCGGUCUUUGCACGCUACUCGUUAGCUUUGUUAUCAAUUACCAGCUGUCUAGUGCCCUAGAAAUGUAUUACGAGAUUAUCCAAAAUUUAUU